UCUUUACUCAGAAAAUCAUGGCAGUUAGUCUUUGCCUUUUCUUCCUUUCUUCUAAUAAAAUAUUUGAAAAAGUUGAAAGCACAAUUAUGUUUAUUAUAAAAGGUUUUUUUUUCUUCAGGUCAGUAUUAUCACUGAUUCAUCUUUCUCCAGACACCAUGGGUGACAAUAAGAUUGACCAAGAAAAGGUGAAGAAAGUCUUUAAAAAAGUUCUACAAUUUGCGGCUGCCAUUUCAUCAGCAGCCGGGGCGUUCAAUCCCAUCUUUAAUGUGGCCAGCCCUAUCAUCCAGGUGGUGCUGCACCAUGUGGACGAUGAAGAUUUGAUGAAGAACCUCAAGUGUGAAUUCAAAAACAUGAACCAAACGCUGGAUGUUAUAUCAAAGCAGAACCAUCAAAUCCUGCUGGACAUCAAGAAGAGAGAGGUGGACAACCAGUACACAGAGAUCGAAAGAAACCUUGGCAACCAGUUCAGAUCAUAUAUGGAGAUGGUGGAGGCGAAGCCAGAGUGCCUGCAGCUCAAGAUGGAUGAAUUCAUAGAGCGUUACGAGAUUAACAAAGAUGACGAAAACAUGAACAACCUUUAUGAGGGUGUGGUGGGGAUACGUAAGCUCUUCAGCCGGCCUGUUCUUGAAGUGUAUUUGGAGUGUGCACAGGGUGACAAGCAAGUCAUGAAAGACCUCUGCACGCAUCUCGCCUCCCUGUUCCGCAUUGGCUACAUCACUAUGAUGAGCUAUUAUGCCUUCAAGAAUGAUGACCUGGAACUUCGGAACAAGGAGUGGCAGGAGAAGAUGAAGAAAUUGCAGGGGGUGAUGGGUGAAUGGAUGUGAUAUACCGUAUUUCAGCAUGUUCUGCACAACCAAU